UCACUUCUGCUCGAUCAAUGAUCGAUCUUCUUCUUCCUCUUUGUUUCCUUCGUUUGUUACUUCGCAGAUUCUUCACCAGAAGUUAUGGCGGUUAAGCAAUCUUCUGCUACUCAGCUUGAGCCUUGGAACAGCCUGCACGGCAAAGUGGUGAUGGUCACCGGAGCCUCGUCGGGGCUUGGCCGUGAGUUUUGUCUAGAUCUUGCUAAAGCUGGUUGCAAAAUCAUCGCCGCUGCACGGAGAAUCGAUAGACUCCAAUCUCUCUGCGACGAAAUUAAUCGGUUCGGUGUCUCCUCAUCUUCCUCCGUUGUGGCGGUGGACGGCCCUAGAGCAGUGGCUGUGGAGCUCGAUGUUAGCAGCGAUGGAAAGAGCAUCGAGAAAUCCGUCAGAAAUGCUUGGGAUUCGUUCGGCUUCAUCGAUGCGUUGGUGAACAAUGCCGGUUUUAGAGGCACUGUGAACACUUGUCUAGAACUGUCUGAAGAGGAAUGGGAUCAAGUGAUAAGAACCAAUCUUAAAGGGUCUUGGUUGGUACCAAAGUAUGUGUGCAGACUCAUGCGUGACUCCAAACGAGGUGGAUCUGUUGUCAGUAUUUCUUCAAUUUCAGGCAUUCAAAGAGGGCAACUUCCUGGUGGCCUUGCCUAUGCUGCUUCAAAAGCAGGCAUAAAUAGUUUGACAAAGGUAAUGGCUAUUGAAUUAGGGCCACACAACAUCAGAGUAAAUUCUAUAGCGCCUGGACUUUUUAAAUCCGAGAUAACAGAGAGUCUCAUGCAGAAAGAUUGGCUGAACACUGUAGCCUUCAAAACUAGCCCUUUAAGGACAUUUGGGACUACUAAUCCAGCAUUAACAACACUCGUUCGAUAUUUGGUGGACGACUCUUCUAAAUACGUCUCAGGCAACAUUUACAUCGUUGAUGCCGGAGUUACAUUACCUGGUUUCCCAAUUUUCUCAUCUCUUUGAAUAUCUCUGCUCUGCUCCAAGUAUAUUACACGGCUUAGAACAGUUAACCUGUAACAGCCUAAAUCCACCGCUCCUAGAUAUUGUCUGCUAGGAAAAUAUUUUUUUAGACUGUUCUUCGAUGGCAGCCUCUAGAUUUUGUGUUACUUUUGCUACUUUAAACAAGGUUUAAACCAUA